AUGCUUCAGACACAUGGCGGCCCCCAAGACAACCGCACCGAGAGCAACACGAGGGACGAUGACAGAGGACACGACCGAGCCAUGCAGCCUCUGUCGUUGCCCAAGAACCGCAGCACGGGAAACCUGCAUCUAUCAGCUGACCCAUCCGACCGCAGUCGAUACCGAAUGUCCUUUGAAGCCUCGUCGUCCGGCAUCUUGGACCACGACCCAAUCACCAGACCAUCUCCUAUUACCGACCACGAGCACGGCUUGGGGCUCUCUGGCCUGCGCCGUAUACGACAGCAGCAUCCUCCCUCCCGGGCACCGACCCUGCCUAGCUCGAAUGCAUCUUCACGCAGCCCUUCCGUUGUUGCGCUCACCCGCUCUACCUCCAUGACUGCAAUGCUGAGCAGCUACACUACGACGCCUUUCGCUGGAGCGCCCACAUCUCCCAGCUUCUCCGAAGACCUGUCGCGGUUUCCUUCUGAAUCUCUACACUCCUUCUCCUUCGCACAUCAAUCGGAGGAUUUUCUGCACAAUCGCCAAAAUGUCCUGAAACGUUCCCUCGAAUUCAUGAAGGACCGCAUGGGCCUGUCCAUGACUUCGACCCAAGCCGGCCUUGCCAGCGCCCAGGCCAGGGUUACCGGCGAUGUCGACGCGCAGCAUAUGCUGGAAUUUCUUGCACGCGCGCAAGUGAUAGGCGCAGGAAACUUGCCAAAUCCCGACCCUGCAGCCGUCGUUGUUCCGCCAUUGACCGGCCCGGCUGGCCUACCUGCUGAGAAUGUGUUUGAGAAGCAGUUUAGCCCGAGAGCGUCUGUCGUGGAUUUGGUGCCAACCGAUGUCACAUAUACAGCUUCAAAGGAAGUGCCUGUUCGCGAUAAAGAGCCGAUAUCCACCAACCAUGCUGAUGCGACUGCUGAUGACGGCUUAAAACUGAAAGACUCAAGUAGAGCUCCUGCUGGCGGUGUCGGAGACGCUUCAAAGGCGCUACCGCUCGCCUCAAGGCCUACCAACUUGAAGCGGACCAUGACUGACACUCUGAGUAUGGCCCUGCAAGAUAAACUGAUGGACACAAUGUCACAGCCUUUUCUUACUGGUGAGCCUCUGUAUGAAGAACCGCUGGCCUCUCCAGGAUCAACAACACAGCCUACCGCACAGCUGAAGAGUUUCUCUGCUGCUACUGGCCCUGCGGUACACGGACAUACGAAUAGAUGGGUGCCGGCUGCCCAAGCAAUCUUCACAACAGAGGCGAAGCCACCUUGGACUAUUUUAGCGGCCAACGAUCUAGCCUGUCUUGUUUUUGGUGUUACAAAAGCCGAAGUUCGGAAAAUGGGCAUUCUGGAGGUUGUACAAGAAGAGAGAAGGUCUUGGUUGGAGCGGAGGCUUUUGCAGCUGAGUGACCAAGACUUGGAUGAGGAUAGUGACCACACUACCCCUGCUGCUUCGGCCGCGUCUGCGUUGCUGGGUGGUAGAUCGGGAAUCACUGCUCAGCUCCUCAACAAGCCCAACUCGAGAACGCCGCCGUCUCAAGUGGCAUCCCCAAGACGAGCCCAGACUGUUCACAGCGGAGAUCCAAACCCACCGAGUACACGUACCAGCGGCCACCAUCGCAACAACCUCUCACGCGGUGUCUUGCUGUGUGGCGAUGUAGUUCCGAUUCAGAAGCGUAAUGGCGCCACCGGAUCAGCAAGUCUCUGGGUCAAGGAGAAGCGCGUGGGCUUGAUCUGGGUUCUCGAGGAAAUUCAUGAGGAUGUGGCGCAGAUAGUGUUGGAUGAAGAAGGUAUCGUACAGUCUGUUACGGGAGCAACCGAGCCAAUCUGGGGCUUCAAAACAACAAAAGCAGGGUUUGACGUGGCCAAACUCAUUCCACGGAUACCGCGCCAGGGCAUUGAUCCCAACGAGGGCGAGAUCGACUUUGCACAGACAAGCCGAAGGCGGUACUUUACGUGUCCCAAUUCCCACAAGUCGAAUGUUCCAUGCGCCAUUGAGCAAGUUCGUGGAAAAUUAGAGUUGCGUGUCUCAACUUUCCCUCACAUGGCUGGCAUCGUUGUCGUGGAACCGGAAACAUUGAAGAUUCGUAGCUCAAACUCUGUCUUCUCUGGUGCUUUGUUUGGAUACGAAAAGCCUGAUGGCAUGCCUAUAUAUUCUCUCAUCCCCGACUUUGACAAGAUCCUUGCUACACUCACCGAAGAAGACGGCCUUCAGCUGCUAGAUGGCAUGGUAGUCCCAGAGCACAGAUUCCGCAGAGCCGCCGCCUUUUUUGCCUUGAAAGAACAACGUCCUAACGCUGCCGCCGCCUUCCUACAGCCCGAGGGCAUACCGGCAAGACACCGGGACGGUUCCGAAUUGAAAAUUGAUGUGCAGAUGCGCGUUGUGGAGAGUGAAAAGCACGUCGACAUCAUCGAAGAAAGUGAUUCGGACACGACUGAAGGACACGACACGCGAGGUUCUGUUUCUCAAUCAGAGCUGGUGUUUGCUCUGUGGAUUACCUAUUCACGACACCUACACACAUCGUCUUUACACUUAAAUAUGGAAUCUCCCGAACACUCAGCGAUUAUAACGCCGCCUCAUCAACCCUCGCCGGGCCAAACUCCUGCACAUACCCCCAUGGAGAUACCUUCGGACUCUGAUGAACCCAAGAUCGAGCCUGUCAAGCAACCCAUCAUGGCGAUAGCCACCGCUAUCCCCAAGCAGAUCAAGGACGCUGCACUUGAUGCUGCCGCAAAACUUACUGGACAAGCCAAACCAGAGCCGCCAAAGGAAACCCCGAAGCCAGAGAAGACUGGGGAAGAUGAGCCCGAGCGCAAGACUACCAUUGAUGAUUAUACCAUCCUUGAGGACAUGGGCCAAGGAGCUUACGGUCAAGUGAAGCUUGCUAGGCACAAGAAGACAGGCAGGAAAGUAGUGUUGAAAUAUGUGACUAAGCGUCGUAUUCUCGUCGAUACCUGGACUCGGGACAGGAAACUCGGAACUGUUCCCCUGGAAAUCCACGUCUUGAACUAUCUACGAAAGCCCGAGUUCCGACACCCCAACAUUGUAGAAAUGGAAGGCUUCUUCGAGGACGACGUGAACUACUACAUUGAGAUGGCUCCCCACGGCCUCCCCGGCAUGGAUCUGUUCGACUACAUUGAGCUUCGCGCAAAUAUGGAAGAAUCUGAAUGCCGGAGCAUUUUUGUUCAGGUUGCGCACGCCGUCCACUUCCUGCACACGAAAGCCCAGGUCGUUCACCGUGACAUCAAAGACGAAAACGUGAUUCUAGAUGGCGAGGGAAAUAUCAAACUUAUCGAUUUCGGCAGCGCGGCAUACAUCAAGAGCGGCCCCUUUGAUGUGUUUGUGGGCACAAUUGAUUAUGCCGCACCAGAAGUCCUAGCCGGGAAGCCUUAUGGCGGCAAAGAGCAGGACGUUUGGGCUCUCGGCAUCCUCUUAUACACCAUCGUCUACAAGGAGAACCCUUUCUACAGUAUUGACGAGAUUAUGGACCGAGACCUUCGUAUCCCCUUUAUCAUCAGCGAGGACAGCAUCGAUCUGAUCCGCUGUAUGUUGAACCGAGACGUUGCUCAGCGGUAUUCCAUAGAACAGGUGCUGGAUCACCCGUGGUGUAAGGCACAUAAAGCCAAAUAG